AUGGGCUCUCUCCCAUUGGCUGGCCGCAAAUUUGCGCGCUCGAUGGGCGAGCAUCUAGCUCACCGUGGUGGAGGCACGAAUCAGUCCAUCAUGUUUUCAAGCAGCCCACUUGAAGCCUCCUCCUCCGAACGGCAGACUCCCUCCUUCACCAUUGACUCCAUCCUAGGACGACCUUGCAGCAGCUCCACUGAGUUGCAUGAGGGUGUUGGGAGCCAGUGUGUCCCCUGCACCGCUUUCUCCAGACCUCCACUCUUGUUCAAAGCCAGCCAAACAAUCACAAGUGACUACAUGCACUUAAGCCGUCCUGACGCAGCAACCAGUUUUCAAGUUGGUAGCAGUUUAGACUCCGCUACCAACUUCCAAUGGGAUGGUCAGAAGGUAAAACCGCAGUCACCAUUCAGCCAAUCAUCUUCCGGAAAAAAGUGUUCCUUGAUUGGUCGAAGUCCUAGAGUACCCUUUACACGCAGCCAGGUGGAGGGCUUAGAAGCAAAAUUUCGCAUGACCAACUACCUCUCUAGUCGGGAAGUCACUGUUUUGGCCAAUCAACUCCAAGUCACCGAGGCUCGAGUGAAGAUAUGGUUCCAAAAUCGGAGAGCAAGGCAGCGGCGGGAGGCUUUCGUGCGCGAGGUGGAGCAGACAACGCAACAGCAGUUGCAAUGCGACAAAUUAAGCGCCGUAGCACCACAGCCAGUCACAUUAGCGCCGGAUCAGAUACCACAACUUCCCCUUCCACCUAACAUACCUCCCCUUGAAAGCAACCUGCUCCAACUGGCCUCCGCCUCGCACAGCAUCAUCGAGGACGCCUUCACGCGGUCCUCAUACGCUAUGCAGGACCUAUCCCAUUUGUACCACCACAACUUCCAUGAAACGCGAUUCUAG